CAGACACGAGUUGACAAUCUCUAGUAUCAUCACCAGAAUCUCCUCCACUACCCCCACCUCUGUACUCUGGAGAUAUGUAAUAGAUGACUAGAGCCUCAGAGUCUGGGGAUAGGGGUGUGGCUGAAGUGGGCGUGGUUGUGGGUGUGGUCUUCUGUGUCAUCCUGUGGUACUUUUUAGCCAGUUGCUUGAACAAUCUGCAAAAACAAAACUUUACCUUCAUUUCAUCUCAUUCGGCCCAACUACGCACAACUUACUGCAUGCCUCAACAA